GGAGCUACAGCCCAUUCUGGGGCAUGGUGCUGUGUUUGGAGUGCCCAGAAGGCUUUUACUGUAAGGCUGGUUCCAGCAAUUACACAGACUGUCCUGCAGGACAUUACUGCCCAAGGAAUACGGAGUUUGCCACACAGUAUCCCUGUCCACCAGGAACCUACAGUGAGCAGUUAAACACGAGGGAUGCCUCCAAGUGCCAGCUGUGUCCCCCUGGAAAAGUCUGCUCCAAAUCAGGCUUGACAAGUCCUGAUGGACCAUGCACACCUGGAUGGUUUUGUCCACCCGGAUCGGCAUCAGGCGAGCCAAUAUCCCUAGGGUCAGAAGUUUCACCUCGUGGGUCCUUCAGGCUAUGCCAAGCAGGAACAUUUUGUCCUGGUGGUUCAUCCCUUCCUAUUCCCUGUACCCCAGGCUCAUACUGUGCAUCUGCAGAGCUGGCUGCGCCAUCUGGUCCCUGUGAUGCUGGCUUUUACUGCAUUGGGGGGUCCACACUCCCCAACCCAACAGAUGGGGCAGUGGGAAAUAUUUGUCCUCCAGGCUACGUGUGUCGCCAAGGAAGUUCUUCUCCAUCUCCAUGUCCCUCAGGCUCUUUUUUGGCCCAUCAGGGUGGCCAAUCAGCACAAGAUUGCCAGCACUGUUUAGCAGGAUGGUUCUGCUCCCACCGAGGUCAAAGUACACCAGAGGGGAGAUGUAAGGAAGGCUGGUUUUGCCCAGAGGGGUCUGUAUCAGGCCUUAAUCCAGAUUAUAUAUGUCCUGUUGGUCACUAUUGCCCAACAGGCAGCCCAGAGCCCAAACCCUGUCCCUCUGGGAAAUACCAGGACCAGACUGGUCAAAGCCUGUGCAAGACGUGCCCAGCAGGAAAGUUCUGUGGCCCAGAAGUCCAAAUCCAAGAUCACAAGGAGACCUUUUCACAUGGAACGAUCAAGCCAGCAGAUUGCCCGGCUGGAUACUAUUGCCUCUCAGGAACUAAAACUGCCAAGCAGUACCCAUGCCCCAAGGGCACCUUCAGUAACCAGACUGGGCUGAGCAAUUCCAAGGACUGCAGAGCUUGCCCUGGGGGAAAAUUCUGUGCAGAUGCAGGUCUCUUGACCCCGAGUGGCCCUUGUUUGCCCAGGUAUUACUGCAUUUUGAAGGCACGUGUACCUAAUCCUGUUAAAGAUGAAACUGGAGACUUGUGCCCAGCAGGACACUUCUGCCCACUGGGUAGCAGCAGCCCAGUGCCAUGUCCCACUGGAACCUGUCAUGAUGGCUAUUACUGUGAUAUGAAAUCCACACGGCCAGACCAGAAACGCUGUCCACCUGGCUCAUACUGCCCCAAAGGCACGGAGUCCCCAAUUCCAUGUGCUGCUGGAAGCCUCAACCCACACGAUGGGAAAUGGCACUCAACAGACUGUCAGCCCUGCCCGGCUGGAUAUUUCUGCAGUGGUAUGAGUCUUCAUCAGUGUUGUUUGGUGUUUGGGGAAGAGGAGGAUCUGCCAUUCCCAUGGCCUGUGAGAGGGGGACCUACCAGACACAGGAAGGGAAAGAAUCAUGCUACAUCUGCCCAGCAGGAUUCUUCUGUGAACCAUCCAGCAAAAGUUCUGGGACACAGACUCCCAGGCUGUGCCCUACAGGAUACUUCUGUCCACCUGGUACCAGCAUUGGUACAGAACAUCCAUGUCCAAGGGGUACAUUUGGACCCAAGACUGGUGCCACUGGUGAAUCUCACUGUGAGCCCUGCCCAGCAGGCACGUAUUGCUCAUCUACAGCACUGUCCCAGCCAUCGGGGCUUUGCCACUCAGGGUAUUACUGCACCCAGGGAGCCAUCCACCCAGCCCCCAUCAGACACAAGGCGGAAUCUGCUGGCCUACCUCUGCCUGGAAAUGAUAUCUGCCCUCCUGGGCAUUUCUGCCCCAGUGGCACAAGCCAUCCUGUGCCCUGCCCUCCUGGAACCUAUUCCACCUCCCUGGGCCUGGGAGCAGAGGAGCAGUGCCAGCCCUGCCCAGCGGGACAGUACUGUAGUCAGGCAGGAUUGUCUGAUCUGUCCCAGACAUCGCCGUGUAGUGCAGGGUGUGGCAGUGUGGUCAUUCUCCUUUUUGUAUUGA